AUGCUGGCUGCCAAGACGUGCCCCACCGUGUCUACCCGCGCUGCUGGAGCGCGUUUUGGCCGCCGUCCGGUUGUUCCAGUUCAGCGCCGCCAGGUUGCCGCUGCUGCUUUUGACGACACCAACCUCUUUCUUAACAUCCUCGGCAGCGGUCUAGCGGGCGCUGCUGUUGCCGCUGUCACCACCUUCACCUCUGAGAACAAGGACAAGGAGAUUGAGCGCAUCCAGACGCUGGACGGUGCUCUGCCCAUCGGUGCCGCUGUCGCCGUGGAUGCCAUCGCGCAUUCCAUUCCUGGCCUGAACAUUCUGUUCGGCCUGCUGGCGGAGCCAGUGGGCGCCGCGGCAGGCGUCGCUUACAUGAUGACCCUGAUUCUGUCAGCCCCCUCGGUCGACCCCAACACUCUGGCGCCGGAGGGCACUGUGCUGAACGCCAAGAAGGCCACCGACAGCCGCGCUGCGUUGCGUGUCCCCUUCACGCGUCUCAUCCCCACCGCCCUCAAGGUCGUCGAUACCACGAACGAUGCCAGCAGCGGCGCCGGCUGGACCAUUGGGGAAAACGGCCUGCCAAAGCUGCCAAUUAACUCGGUCCUCAUCGUGCUGGGUGUCGGUGGCCUGAUUCUGGAAUCGGCGGCCCACGCUCCCGUCAUGUCGUUCUUCCUGCCGCGCGUUCUGACAGUGGCUGCCUGGUACGCUGGCGCCGGCUACUUCCUCGACAAGCGCGAGUGAAUGGUUGCUGUUGCCAAGGAGGUGAUAUAGGCGUUUAAUUGAAAUUUAAGGAUUGAGCUACUUUUGAUUAUAUAUCGUUUUUUAUAUUGGGGCUCGGACAGGUGUAAGGUCAUGUCUUUCCAUUCCAUGCCUCGAAAUGAUUUGCUGGUCCUUCAGUGGGUGUCUGGGUUCAGGGUCAAGUAGGUCACGUGAAGCCUUGUGCCGUUUAUGCAUGUUGACGUUUGGUUUGAGGGAUCAUACGAACUUAAAUACAGAGGAUUUUGGUGAGGAUGUGGAAGAUAGGGAAGGCACCUGCUUGUCGCCCGAACAUCAGGAGAUAAUGUUUGUAGCGCCUUGCGUGGUGAUUUCAGCUUCAGUUAUGGAGGGGUUUUGUGUGGUCGCUCUCCACUGAUAUGUCCGAUUUCGUGGAUCUAGUGAGGAUUUCACUAGCUGCAGGAAAAUGAAGCGGAUGGUUCCUUUGUUAGACAUGCGCGUAUGCUGUACGUAUUGCAAAAAGCAGCAGACGAUUAACAACCUGCGCUUAUGGUUCGGACCGUGGAUUGCGUUCCCCUUUAUUGACGGUGGCAGCGCUCUGGGGCCAUAGGGGAGGCCGGUCACUUGCUGCACGGAGGGAUGACGGAAGUUGCAGCCAAUAGCGGGGCGGCAACCAGGGGCUCAUAUAUAAAUGGCCAUUGAACGAAUUAAAUAAAAUGCAUGCCGUUUCUGGGCAAUUCCAUUAACAGUGUAAGGACAGUUUUGAUGACACAAGGGUCGAUUAGUCCAUGGAUGGUUGAUGACGGUAUUUUUUCCCUGAGCAACGGCCGGCAUCGCCAUUGACGUCAAAUUUGGCGUGCAGUUGUGGUCAAUCACAGCUAAGGACUGUACACAUGCUGGAUUUCUUUCGCUGAGAUGUAACAGAAUACGCUAAAGCGCCCGGUGGAAACCGGUGGAGCAUCCGCCUGUAGCGGCAGAACCGCAAUAUAGCACGGUUGUCCAUACUACACACUGUCACAUAUCUAAUAUUAUGAGCCCUAUUACACCCGAUAUGCUGUCACUGGCUCCAACGCGACAGCAGUAUGAACUGUACGUGAACUCAGAGCCUCGAACCUUGUCGUCACAGUUAGUACGUGACGAAGUUACAACACUACACGCCACACUCAACAGAAACUACCAUUAGAUCUGCUGUAUUAACGCAUGAAAAACACUCUUGUCACCUUCCGAUCACAAAAUGUCUCAUGUCUCUGUUCUUUUCCACUACCAACAGCCAGUGUCUGCGUAAGCUACGCGCUACGCUACACCAGCACGCCUGCAGUCAGUCUGCCGCUGCUGCACGACACGUGCGAUGUUCUCUCUGGCAGUGACAGUGCAAGUGCGGUGAGGAUCAAGCACAAACCCAAAUCAGCCCUCCUAUUCCCCUCCCUGGGUAUGAACGGAAAUGCAUACUCAUCGCCGUCGUUCGCGCUUCCACACAAAGACCUUGCCAGUCGUCUUGGGAUCCAUGCCCGCUUCUUUAAUCUCCUUAGCGCGCAGCUUGCGUUUCCGAC